UGCCCUCGCGGCCCCGCGGGCGUCACCCGCGGGCCGUAACGUCCCGGCCCGACUGAGCUGCCCCGACGCCUGGGAGGGAGGGACCCGGAGGAGAAGGGCAGCCUCGCCUUUCAGCCCUGUCCAGUGUUAGGCUCCCGAACCGUCGUGGAGGAGACAGAAACGGAGAGGUGGAAACAGAGCCCAGGGGAGGGAGGAACUCCACGCGACUUUCCUCCUCUGCAAACAGCCCGAAGAUGAAAUUGGUGUCGCGUAGCUGGUGAAGGGUUCUUCAUGGGGCUAAAAGCUACAGACAACAAUGUAUUCAACAAGUCUUAACAGAACUUCCUGGUAUCAGACUCUGGGGUUGGAGGACCAGAAAGUGGGGCAGAAACUAUAUCAUGGAGAAUCGAAGAAAAAUCAUGAUGGUCUCUCCAACCACAUGUGCAAGAAGUUCGGUGCACUGCAAGCCAGACUUUUCGUCUUCACUUUGUUCCCAAUGCUGAAGGCCCCCCUGAAGGUGGCUGUGGUCACACCGAGUCUCACCACCAGCCUAUUCGGGAGACUCCAAGGCAGCCCACCCAAGAAUCACUCAAAACGCCAGAUUUCACUGGAGCGUGUUGGCCGCGGACCUCCUGUCAGUGGCUUUAAAGCAGCGCAGGCAGGAGCCCGAGGGACCCCCUUCGCCCAGAGGACACCAAAGAGACUCCGCUCUGCCGGGAGGGCCGCGGGGUGGCGCAGAGCCAACGGGCUGGCGGAGGAAGAGCGCGCACCCGACGUCUGCCCCGGGGCCCCUCGUCCUGGAGGCGGACACCCUGCGUUCGGUGCGAUUCCCGAGGCCAGGCUGCUGAGGGCGCUAGGGUCCCGUCCUCGGGGGCGGGUGGCGGGGCGUUGCGGGGUCCUUUGCCGGGGCCGCUUGGGGGGCGCGGGCUCCUCGCUCGCAGGGGCGCGGCUGUUUCCAGGGCCUUGGGCGGUUCAAGCGAAGUCGGCGGGCCCGAUAUUUGUGGCCGAAAUGCCGCUUUUGGGGGUUAGAGCCGGAGACCAGGCCGCCUGCCUCGUUUCCGUAGUGUAG